AUGGAUUCGGUGCCAUUUCCUCACAAUGGGACUUCAUCCUCCUGGGAGACCAUAUUGAUCAGUGCGCAAACACACAGAACCAGUCUCGUUCUACUUACGCCUGCUAUCAGCUGCUUUCUCUGGUUCUUUGCUUCUUGGCAGACAUCUCCGCUGAAGAAGUUUCCUGGACCACUACUCGCAGGAUGGACGAACGUUUGGAGGUUUUGGCAGGUGAUUGCAGCGGAAUAUGCCCCCCGGAUGAAGAAGCUCCACGAGAAGCAUGGCCCGGUCGUUCGCCUCGGUCCGAAUCUUCUAGACAUUGAUUACCCCGACUUGGUCAAAGUCAUCUACGGCACCGAUGGCAAAUGGAAGAAGUCCGAUCUCUACAAGAACAGCAGCACAAUCAUCGACGGCAAGAUCACCUAUCACAUGUUCAGCGAGACCGAUAACAAAGAACACGCAAAGCUGAAGCGACCUGUUGUGCGACACUUCUCGGUCCCCAGCGUUCUUGCAAUGGAGCCCCAUAUGGACAAGACCAUAGAUGAGUUUUGCAAUCAUCUCGAACGUCGAUUCGUAGACACUUCCACGGCCUGCGAAUUUGGCGACUGGCUUGCUUACUGUGCUUGGGACUUCCUUGGCUACGUCACGUUCAGUAGAAAGUUUGGCUACAUGGACGAAGGGCGUGAUUUCGACGGCACACUUGCGAUUGGCGACCAGGCGAUCGACUAUCUCGGUCUCUGUGGCCAGAUGCCGUGGCUAGACCACUGGCUGGACAAGAACCCGGUCUACCCUCUCGGACCCCCGAACCUGUCCAACGUGACCAGGAUCGCGUUCGAGAACCUGACUGCGAGGCUGAAGGGCGAAGACGAUACCUUUAACCCCGAGAAGCCAGACUUCCUGCAGUACUUCAUCGACUCCAAGGGGACACAUCCCGAGAUUGUGGAUGAAGGCACCAUUAUCGGCUACCUGCUCUUGAACUUGAUUGCAGGGGCCGAUACCACAGCCAUCACUAUGCGUGCGCUGUUCUACUAUUGCCUCAAGGACCGGCGUAUCUGGAAGCGACUGGAAGCCGAAGUCAUCUCGACUAUCCCUGCUGAUAAGCCCGCGCCCUACGCCAUCGCCCGCGGGCUUCCUUACCUCGAAGCCGUUUGUCGAGAAACUCUACGCUACCAUCCUCCCAUCGCAAUGACAAUGGAGCGGAUCGUGCCCGAGUCGGGUCUCACCCUUCCAGACGGCUCAUUCGUGAGAGGGGGAACGCUCAUCGGCAUGAACCCUUACAUCAUUGGACGCAACAAAAAGGUCUACGGUGACGAUGCUGACGACUUUAGACCUGAGCGGUGGCUUCAGCAGGAUGGUGAAGACGAUGAGGCCUACAAGCUGCGAAUGCGACAGUGGAAUUCGGCGGAUAUCGUCUUUGGUGGCGGCUCACGGAUCUGUCUCGGGCGGAACCUGAGUUUGAUGGAGGUUUAUAAGAUUAUUCCGUCCUUGAUUUCUAGGUUCGAGAUUGAGCUUGUGGAUCCGAAUGAGAAGUGGUGGACAAGCUCGCGGUGGUUUUACCGGACGAAGGGGGUUGUCUGUACCUUGAAGCGUAGGGUCGCAAAUGCAUGA